CAAAGGGAAGUCUCAUAUUUGGAGAACAUCCUUCAGAUCAUGAAGUCCUUAAUGCUUUUACUUCAGCUGGUUCUCAUUGGAUUUACCUGUGCAGAGACAGGUCGUUUUUGGCACAUCACAGACUUACACUUGGAUCCUAACUACAUAGUAACCUCUGACCCAAUGGGUGUUUGCCCAUCAGCAGGAAACCAGCAAGUGACAAAUCCAGGGAAAUAUGGGCACUAUCUAUGUGAUUCUCCUCGUGCUCUUAUCAACCUAGCAAUCGAUACUAUGAAGGUUGUUUUGCCAGACCCAGACUUUAUACUGUGGACUGGAGAUGACACUCCACAUGUGCCCAACGAGAAGCUUAGCGAAGCUGCUGUACUUGAGAUUGUUGAAUUGCUGACAAACCAAAUCCGUCAGGUUUUCCCAAAUACUACAGUUUACUCUGCUUUAGGAAACCAUGAUUUUCACCCCAAAAGUCAGCUCCCACCACACAAUAACUCCAUUUACAACAGAAUUGCACAGUUAUGGAGUCCUUGGCUGAAAAAUGAAUCUUUAAUUAGCUUUCAGAAAGGUGGAUUUUACACGGAACAGAUUGUUAAUAUAGGAGCUGGAAGCCGUAUCGUUGUCUUGAACACUAAUUUGUAUUAUGAUACUAACAACGCUACAGCCAGUAUGUCAGAUCCAGGAAAUCAGUUUCAGUGGCUGGACAAUAUAUUAACAAAUGCUUCCCAACAUGGAGAAAAGGUUUAUAUUAUGGGACAUGUCCCCCCAGGACACUUUGAAAAGAAAAGAGGGAAGUCUUGGUUCAGAAAUAAUUUCAAUCAACGCUAUAUUGAAAUCAUUAAAAAACACCAUGAGGUAAUACAAGGACAAUUCUUUGGACACGAGCACACUGACACCUUCCGAAUGUUUUAUAAUGACCAAGGUGAUCCUAUCAGCACUAUGUUUAUUUCUCCUGCAAUAACUCCAUGGAAGACUACAUUGUCUGGAGUAGAAAAUGGAGCCAAUAAUCCUGGAAUCAGACUUGUUGAAUAUGAUAGAAAAACUCUUCAGGUCUUAGAUACAGUGACUUAUUAUAUGAAUCUAACUUUUGCCGAUGAAGUAACUGCAAAAUGGGAGAGGGAGUAUCGUCUAAAAGAAGCAUUCUUUGUUCUUGAUGGAUCUGCACAGUCUAUGCACAAGGUCCUUGAAAAAAUAUCCUCUGACCCUAAAUACCUACAGAAGUAUUAUGAAUAUAACUCUGUCAGCUAUGAUUUAGGGAGCUGUGGGCAUAUCUGUAGAGUUAACCACAUAUGCUCCAUCCGAGAAGUGGACUAUGCCAAGUAUAAUGAGUGUUUAAAGACUGAGAGCUCUUCUUAUAGGUCUACUCUUGAAAUAAGCUUGAUGGGUCUUAUGAUCAGUGUAUGUUUACUCCUGUUUUAAGCAGUACUUAUGUAUGCAUAGGUAAUGAAUACUAUGUAUCUGAAACAUGACAACCUUUUAAACUUAUGAUUUGUUGCACAUUAAUUUGAAGAUAAAUAUGUAUUUGUAAAAUGUAAAUUUGCCUUGUCACUGAUAUUCAAAUUCACACAAAAUACACAGAUAAAGAUAUAUUGCACAUGUACAAACACAAUACCCAGAUAAUAGUGCAGAAAAUACAGCCAGAUAUACUCACAAUACACAGAUAUAGGGCUAGAUUACGAGUGAUGCUCUACCUGUAGCGCACAAGUGAUAUUGGGGUUUUCUCUGCUUUUUGAGAGCAAUUGAAAUAGCGCAUGUAUUACGAGUUGAAAGUAAACACUUUUGCUCGAGCAAACUCAUGAUGUUGUUCUCAGUUAUGAUAAAGGUUAUGUUUUAAGUAUUAGAUAUGGUGAUUAGUUUACUUAAUAUUUUUUUCCACACAAAUUUAAUAUUCAAUGGUGUCAAUAUAUUAUAUAUGUCAUAAAGAAAUAUUUCACAGUUUGCAUAUGCAAUAAUAUAAAUUAUUUUAUGUUAUUGCAGUAAAAUGCAGUAUAGUAAUAAACAUACCUCUACAGCCAAAAUAUACUUUUGUGGUGUGCUUACCCCUUCCACCGUACCUGAAGAACUGGGUCUUACCUCCUCCAACGCACAACUACCGGGCCACUUAGCGGGAGGGGCACUGUUACAGCAAUUUGUGUUUAGCGGUUAAGCUUCUCUCACCACUCCCAGCUUCAAGCCACGGGGUUCCACCAACUCAAGUGUUCCCUUAAUUCAUUCAGCAUCCCCAGCUGUUAGGGAAGGUAUGUCACCCGAUCACAUGACUCAGCUCCAAUCCAAUAACAACAAUUCCAGAGCAAAUCACCAGCACCAGUAGGAAGGAGAGUCCAGAGCUCAACCAGUCACUGUAGUUCUGGUAAUUUUAAAUAGUUGUAUGAUAACAGGGUGAGUCGAAACAUGUAAACGACCAUCAUUACCUGUUAGCCUUGUCACUUGUUUUGUGAGCCUAUCGUUAUUUUAAAUAAUGGAAAUAAAACUUUGUUCAUCA